AAGCCCUUUUGAUUGAACCAUUUGUGACCUCUAAAAAGAAAUAUGGAUUCUCAUACAUCCAAGACACAACCUUCUACACACAAGGCUUUGUUGGAGUUUUCUGCCCGUACUCAAAGACUCAAUGAAGAAACCAUCUCUUAUCUGCACCAAUUGACUAAGGACAAUGAACACCUUCGCAAAGCCAAUGAGCAAUUGGGAGAGCAACUACAAGACAUGACCAUCAAUCGUAAUCUUUACAAGAUUGCCAUGGAGGACAUGUGUUAUCAACUCCAAGCUAAGAAGCAAAAGAACCAAGCUCUUGUUGAAGAAAACACGGGCUUGCGUGAAGUUGUCAUUGACAUAACCGCCUUGGAAAAUGUUGCUACUAAUCUAGAAAAAUCAGCCGUCGAUGAAAGGAUUGAUAAGUUGGAAGCUACAAUGCAAACUAUGGCUGCUACUCUUCAGACCAUCAGUCUCACUUUGUCCACUUUGAUUACUGGUUCGGUUCCUUCACCUGUAUCCUUAAUACCCACAAUACCAAUUCCACCUGUCCCACCAUCACACCAGACAAAUUUCAAGUUCAAGCAGCCGGAUUUUGACAAGUAUGAUGGCUCAGGUUGUCUUUAUGCCCACCUGCAAAUGUCAAGACAGUUCACCAAGCUUCCAAUCCCUUAUAGUGAGGUGCUGAAACAAUUAGUGGCAGUGGUUUUGAUGCAGACAGUGCAAGUGAACCCUGUGCAACCACAUUAUCCUUACGAGUAUGAUCUACAAGCUAAAUGUGAAUAUCAUAAUAAUCCUUUACCUCCACAUGGUGCACCCAUCAUGAAUAUGAUUGCCCUUGAUGAAGUUGAUAGACCCGUUUUGGAGAAUGUCGGUUCAUGGUCUCUUGAUGAAUUAUUUGUCAUUUUGAUAGAGUAUGAUCUUAUUCAGUCAAUUGCAUCAAUAAGCUCGAAUGUUCCACCAAUGACGAUUGAUGAUGCUUUGUGGUUCGUGCUUUUGAUGGAACAAAGAGGAAUGUGGUUGGAAAGAUUGAAGCUUCCAUUAGAAAUUGGCCCUAUGACUUUUGAUGUGGAUUUCUUGGUUAUGGACAUUUCUCCCUCUUUUAAUAUGCUUCUUAGGAGGUCUUGGAUACAUGUUGCCAAAGUAGUACCACCCACCUUGUAUCAAAAAGUCAAAUACAUUGUCAAUGGUGUUCUUGUCAUGGUGAAUGGCAAGGAGGAACACGUCAUCCGAAAGGCUACAACCAUUCCUUACUUGGGAAUUGAUCUUAGAACUUAUAAAUCCUCUUAUCACUUAAUAGAGUGUGCUGCUGCUUCUUAUAUACAUCCAAAGUUUAGAGGAAAACGAGCUAAAAUGGCUAAACCUGCCAGGGUUGCUGCUGAGAUCAUGCUUUCAUGUCAUUACCAGUUGGGAGAGGGUUUGGGAUUUAAUGGACAAAGAAUUCUUGAGCCUAUUGAAGGGAAAGAUACGAGGGAUGAGCCAAUGUGGGUGCUGCACAUCAGAGUCAUGUUUCCACAACCUAUUGACAUUUUGUGCCCUUCUCUUGAUGGAUAUGUGGUGAAGCAUAUGGAUGUUUUAUUUGUAGAUCCAGAAGGUACUAUUUUCACUGAUAGAUUGUUUGAAAUUGGGGAAUGUUCGAAACAAGCAAAGUGUGAGGAAGUAGUUGUGGAAGAUAUUACUGAUGAAGUCUGUUCUGAUGAUGAGGAAGACAGUUUUCGUUUCAACAACCUCUUUGACCCAGCCAACAUGACAGAUCCUAAUGAGAGGUGGAGAAGGAUGCUUGUUGAAAGGGCAUUUAUGGAGAAGCACCCCAACUUCCAUCUUAUUCAUCAUGUGAAAGCUCCAAUGGGAUCACAUGAGUCUGUACCUCUUGAAACAGUGAAAGAAGAAUCACUAUGUGACUUGUGGGGAAAUUUGACUAUAAAUGCUCUAGAUGAGGAAGAACUUGAAUUUGAUAGGGGAAUUUCUCUGGUUAAUGGAAGCUCUCAGGCUAAUUGGACAACAAAACUUCUCCCUGCAGCUUUCAUCUCUGAAAAACCAAAGCUGCAGCCAAACCAAGAGAUAGAAACCAUUAAUCUGGGACAUGCUACUGAAUUUCAAGAUGUUUUUGCUUGGUCCUAUAAGGACAUGCUGAGACUUGAUCCUGAUAUUGCUGUUCAUGCCAUUCCACUCUAUUAUAAGGCCAAGCCAGUCAAGCAAAAGCUAAGGAGGAUGAAGCCAGAGGUUCUAUUAAAGGUCAAAGAAGAAGUGCAAAAGUUGCUAGAUGUCAAUUUCAUUGAAGUAGCUAUGUAUUCGGGAUGGGUGGCCAAUAUUGUUCUUGCCAUCAAAGGACAAGCCAUUGCAGAUCAUUUAGUCGAGCAUGCGGCGGAGGAUUAUGAGCCUAUUGAUUGGGAUUUUCCUGAUGAGGACAUUUUGGCAGUGGAGGCAGAAUCUGAUUCAGAUAAUUGGAAGCUCUUCUUUGAUGGAGCUGUUAAGCAGUUUGUUUGUGGCCUUAGAGCUGUGUUGGGAUCCCCAAAGGGUGAUCAUUUUCCUAUUGCUAUAAAGCUUGAUUUUGCUUGUACCAACAACAUAGCUGAAUAUGAAGCUUGUAUUACAGGAAUACAUGCUGCUCUGGACAUGAAUGUCCAGAUUUGGAGAUAUAUGCGCUCUGCUGAUAUGACCUUGUUGAGAUGUGUUGAUGAAAUAGAAGCAAAACAAAUCAUGAUUGAGGUUCAUGAAGGGAUAUGUGGAACACAUGCAAAUGGAAGAGUGCUUGCCAGAAAAAUUCUCCGAGCUGGGUAUUAUUGGUUGACUAUGGAACAGGAUAGUAUCAACUAUGCACGAGCUUGUCACAAAUAUCAGAUUUAUGCUGAUCAUAUUAAUGCUCCACCUUCAUUACUGCAUAAUAUGUCUAGUCCUUGGUCAUUCUCCAUGUGGGGCAUCGAUGUGAUUGGGGCAAUUAAUCCUAAAGCUUCCAAUGGUCAUCAAUUUAUCUUGGUUGCUAUUGAUUAUUUUACCAAAUGGGUAGAAGCAACGUCUUAUGCUAGUGUUACAAAAAAGGUGGUCACUCGCUUCAUCAAGAGAGUGAUCAUCUGCAAAUAUGGGCAACCAAAGGCCAUCAUUACUGGUAAUGCAAGUAAUUUGAGCAAGAACAUGAUGACUGCGUUAUGCAAGCAAUUCAAGAUCAAGCAUUUGAACUCUUCUACAUAUCGACCAAAGAUGAAUGGUGUGGUGGAAGCUACCAACAAGAAUAUCAAGAAGAUUUUAGCCAAAAUGACAGUUACUCAUAAAGAUUGGCAUGAAAUGUUGCCAUAUGCUCUCUAUGCUUAUAGAACCUUUGUUCACACUUCAACUAGGGCAACCCUUUUUUCCUUAGUAUAUGGAAUGAAGGCAGUACUACCAAUUGAGUUAGAAAUUCCUUCAAUGAGAAUUUUAUCCAAGUCAGGGAUUGAGGAAGAAGACUUGAUUCAGAAAAGGAUAGAUUAUCUCAACUUGCUUGAUGAGAAAAGAUUAGCAGCUCUUUGUCAUGGUCAAUGCUAUCAGCAAUAAAUGGCAGCAGCUUACAACAAGAAAGUCAAGGCUAGAGUAUUUCAUCAAGGAGAUCUCGUCUUAAGAAAGAUCUUGCCAAAUG